AGAAAACUGUUCAAUUUGUAGGAAAAACUUGAGCUAACAAUUUCCGUUUUAAUAAGAAAUGACGUGCAUGGACUGCCUUGAAUAAUGUAGUGUUCUCAUUAUGCUGGGUCAAUGCUAUGGGAUUACUUGAGAAUGUGGAAUGCCGCGCAAUUGAUAGUGUUUGCUCUGGUUUUCGGUCAGGGACAAUCAGCGAUUGACGAUGUGUUCCGACAAGUACAGGAGGAAUAUGACAACACGAUGAAGAGUGUAGCAUCUGGACUAGGCUCAAAUGGUUCAGAUGUAUUGUUGGACGCUCAUUUGCAGUCAGACUGGUGUCGGUAUAGAAUGAAGGGCAGCAACAGAACGCUUGUAAAGCUGCAUUACGAUAUGGUGAUAGACGUCGAGACAUACAAAAAAGCUUUCAGAAAGGACUUCACAGAUGACGUUGAUUCCUGCGAGACACAUAGCGUUGAUGGUCAGGCUGCAAAUCGUCGGAAAAGGAUUGCAUCAGAAAGCGAAGAGAGCCGCUGGCCCCACGAAAUACCGUAUGAGAUAGAAGAAGGAUUUGACGCCCCUGGAAUCAGAACAAUUAAAAAAGCUAUGGAAGACUGGAGCAGAUACACGUGCUUGCACUUCGUAGAAAGGACAGACCAAUACGACUCUAUCAUAUUCAGUCCUGACGAGAUCUGCCUGUCAGAUGUUGGGAGGAUAAUAGGACCCCAAUACAUCUUGCUGAAUCUGCAAAAGUGUAUGACGUUGCCGAUCAUUUUACACGAGAUUGGGCAUGCCAUUGGCCUAUACCAUGAGCACACGAGGGAGGACCGGGACAAUAACGUCACUGUACACUACAAAAACAUUAAAAAGAAAUUUCACAGGCAAUUUGACAAAAUCUACGACGAGUAUCUCGAUUUCACCAAGCCAUAUGACUAUCACAGCAUUAUGCAUUACGGCAAAAAUUUUUUCGCCGACCCACGCAAUGCUACUACGUUGGAACCGACAGACAAAGAUUAUUUGAAUAUUAUUGGUGAAGCAAAACUCCUCAGCUUCCAUGAUGUACAAAUUGUGAACGCCAUGUAUAAGUGUAAAGAGAUGUGUGCUCACGUAGAAUGCCCGACGGGUGCAUUCGUGGGGAAAAACUGCGAAUGCUUCUGCCAAGGACCUCGCGAAAAGCCGGUUCAACGAUGCAUCAACCCGAAAGAUGUCGAUUGUAAGAUUGAGAACUUUGAUGUUCGCAACGUGGAGGUAUUGUUGAACGGCAUCUUGAAAUCGGAUGGUGAGGUUGUCCCAGACGGCAGCUCGGUGCUGGCACGAUGUAAAGGGUCCAAUGAAAAUAUCCCGAUAAAUGAAUCCCAUUCCGUUCUGGAUUGUAAAAAAGGACACUUGAAAGGUCAAAUGCCCAGACAAUGUCCAGGAGCACUAUACGCAUGCCCCAUCGUGCAGUUCGCAACUACGAGUGGCCCCUUUAAUUACGGCUACGAUGUAAAGUGCUUCGAUAAAUACGAAAUGCAGACGCACUUGCAAGCAGCACGCUUUCAGUGUGACUGGAGAGGAGUCUGGAGGUCAUUCGUACCGAGAUGUAUCCCUAAAACAUGCAAAGUUAUCUACGACAAUGCAAAAGUCAAAGUGCAACUAAUGAAUGGAUCAAGUAUAAGUCCAAACUCAAGAAUCAGCAGUGGUCAGAAGAUCUCUAUGUCUUGCACGCAGAAGGGUAACGUUCCUGACCAACUGACGCUGACAUGUGACCACGGUGUAUACAGUGAGACAGGCGAAACAACGCUCCCUGUGUGCAAACUAGUAACGUGUGGGCCACCACCUCUAUCGGGCUCUGUAGUUUACGGGCCAGUGAAUAACAGCUACCUAUUCAAGGACACUGUAGUAAUACAACGUUGCCAGGGUAAACUCUGGUUUCAAGGGGACCAGCGUUUAACGUGCACAGCAGACGGCACUUGGAACGGGACAGCAACAUGCACACCGUACUGUCAAUAUGGCACUGAGAAAUGGGAGGAAAGGCAAAAUAAAGAUCUGAUAAAACAUACAAUCAGAAACAUUACAGUGGAAUCAUACCAGGAGUGCCUUAGAUAUUGCAAAACCUAUGACCGUAUUCUGUGCCGCGCGUUCGCAUACGGAUUCGACCAAGGAAAGCGCAGAUGCCAUGUGACGUAUGCGGACCCAAACCGUCAUAGAGAUAUCAUGCUGGGCGAUAGGCAACUCUGGUCGGUGUGGAUUCGAAACUGCACUUAAUUACAAUAAUUUUGCACUGUGACAUAUACAGUGAUGGAGCAUGAACAUUCAUACUUGUGUAUACCUUUGUACAAGACGCUAUAUUGGUCCGGUUUGAUUAUUGUUUUAUUCAAUUUUCACGUGUAUGUAUCUUUACUAAAUAUUACAAUGUGUGGACUGUUUGUUAUGUAAAUAAAUAAACUCAUAGCUGCUUUA